UCAAACUAAGCAUGAGCAGAAAUAAAGGACUGGCCGCUACAGUGACAGUCAGGACUCCGUGUUUAGUGUGUUGUAGAGGUCAACAUGGGGAUAUAAGGAUAUAGUAAACUACUAAAUAACCUGUUGUUGCAGUGAUCGGAUGUCGUCAUGGGAAGCAAAGUGAGUGGCAAGAUGGCAGCUGCCAGUCGGGUCGUGCAGGUUGUUCGGCCUCAUGCACCUUUAAUAAAAUUUCCAGACCGAAAAGGCGUCUCUAGGCCGAAUGUACAAGAGGCUCUGAAGGUGCUCACAGCCAGCCUGCCACAGCUCUCUCAAUCCACAGCUCCUUCUGCAGCAUCAGUAUCUCCUCCGCCAAGACCACCGGGACCCGUCAGCCGACUGCCCGGCACCCCUGACAGCAUCGCUGCGGUUCGAGAGCUCCCUCAGAGAUACCGCAGGAGAACCCUAGACUUAAAUGAAAUGGACUACAUCCAGCGAGGAGGACCAGAAUGACUGCAAUCUGAUCUGGUUUAUUUAAUCAGACUCCUUAUUUGUGGGAAUCUGUUGGCUGAUGGUUUUUUUUUCUCCGUAAAAGAGGAGUUCAAAGCAUGUCACACUUCAAACUUAAUUAAAUUAUCUUGUACAUACAAAUCAUUCUUUGACAGUUAGCCUGUUUCAUUAUUCAGGUGUUCAGCAUUUACAGUACAUUAACAUUUUACCGCCAUGCAUUUAUCAGUGGUUUACCAAAUCAACACCGUUUAUGGAUUCAUUAGUUUCUUCUUUGAAAGAGUACUGAAUGGAGAGCCAGCAUUUUAUACAGGUCUCUGCUGAACUAAAGCAGUAUUGUAGAUCUGAGCGAUUAAAAUAUUGACUCAUUUUUGAAA